AGAAGACAUUUGGACAUAUUGUUUAGUGCUUCGCAAGUAAUUAAACAUGUACGAUAUUAAGUAUUUCGUGUCCAUUUGCGCGGUUUUGGUUCUCGUAUUACCAAAUGAAAACGAAGUGACUGCUGCACCGCACCCGUGUCUAUGGAUGCUGGACCAUGAAUACACUCACCCAGUGCCCACCACUACUACUAGCAAGCCAGAUUUAGUGGAGGAUCUUGCUAAACUGACCAAAAAGAAAACAAAGCAGCUAAAGGACCUCGCCGAUUUUAGUAAGUAGAUCCAGAAGUGAAAAGAACAUUAUAAUUUUUCUGAAACUCUUCUGGUGUAGCGAGCUUCGUGCAACUAACAAGAGAUGGCCGUCGACCACCGAAUUCCUAAUCUUUAGUUUAGAGACAUCUAGCGUAAUAAUUGUGAA